AAGCUGGUUGGCUGCUGGCACGGGCUGGUUGGUCGGUUGAGGGUAGCCAUGGCUCGACUCGCUGCGCUACUGCUGUUACCGGUUCUUAUUGAAUCUGUAUUUUCCAUUUCUUUCUUUUUACCGGUCAACUCAAGAAAGUGUUUACGAGAGGAGAUCCACAAAGACGUCCUCGUUACGGGGGAGUAUGAAAUAAGCGAACAGGCGAACACCAAAACUAAUCUGAAGAUCACAGAUUCCUCCAGUCACACUCUUUACUCCAAGGAAGAUGCAACAAAAGGAAAGUUUGCAUUCACCACAGAGGACUAUGACAUGUUUGAGGUGUGCUUUGAGAGCAAAUCACCCAUGGGGACUGGAAGAGUGCCUGACCAGCUGGUCAAUCUUGACAUGAAGCACGGAGUGGAGGCCAAAAACUAUGAAGAGAUUGCCAAGGUAGAGAAGCUGAAGCCUCUCGAGGUCGAGCUGAGGCGACUGGAGGACCUGUCGGAGUCAAUCGUCAAUGAUUUUGCUUACAUGAAGAAGAGAGAGGAGGAGAUGCGUGACACCAAUGAGUCCACCAACACACGUGUGCUGUACUUCAGCAUAUUCUCCAUGUGCUGUCUCAUUGGGCUGGCUACAUGGCAGGUCUUCUACUUGCGGCGCUUCUUCAAGGCAAAGAAGCUGAUCGAGUAGAGCAGCCCCCUAGCUCCUUACCUCGGGGGAAGCUGUCUGCCAGUCAGCCAACGCAUCCCAACAUCCACCCUCCUUGGACUAGCUUCAGCAAACAACAACAAGUGGGGUUGAGGGGCUCAAAUUCUAGUUUUCACAGCUGUAAGAGAGAGUACCAAGGUUGUCCUCUGAAAAAUGAUUCACCUGCUUAUUUAGUGGUUUGAAAUAUGAAAAGUGCUGUAGGGAGAAAUGCGCUGUGAGACAUGGGAGGCAUAUGUCACCGUAUUAGUGAAUUAUGUCUCCAUGGUACUUCACAUUUCUGUCUGUCUUUUGAGUGUUGCAGCUUACUGAAUAAGAACUUGUUCCUUCAAUCAGUUGAACAGUGAUGUUUGAGCUCAGUUUGAAUGGAUGUGCCAUGAACGAAUGUCUUUUUGCCCUUCUGUUGAUGUACACAUUCUUUGCCAUGCCAAGCAAACUAGAUCCUUGGUGCCCUUUGAUCAAGUGAAUGCUAUUUGGGGGAGAAAAAAAGUGGUUUGUUGUUACUUUGAUAAGAAAAUUGGCAACCACUGAACUUCUGUGUCACUUAAUUUGCAUACUUGUUUGGUAGCUAAAUUUAACCGUGUCUUUAGUUUUUCAUAUUGUAAAUGCUAUUUAGUUGCUUCUACAGGUUUAUUAUUUGGGAGGGGGGAUCGUGCGUUGUCAGAGUAAUAUUCUUAGUUAUAAAUUAGGUCACUUCUAUGAGCUCUUGCACGUUGUAGGUUUUUUUUUUUGUUUUGGUUUUUUUUGUUUGUUUUUUUGGAACACACCAACUUUCUCUUGUCACCAGUUAAAAGUAUCCAGAAACCAAAAACCAUGUCAUUUUUAAGAAGGAAUUUGCAGCAUUAUACUAUAUGCAUAUGGCUACAAGUAAUUUAACCACCUGACUUCUAUGAUACAAUUCAUAUUUACAUGUGCAAGUUUAGUUUCUCUUCUCAGAGUGCAGGGAGUUGGAGGUUUUGACGGGAAAUGUACAAUAGGCUAUUCUGAAGUUUCCUUUCAGUCAUAUGCCCCUUUUUCUUUACACACUGGCAAAUUUAAUUGUCCUUUUGUAAUUUUCAAAAUAUCACUUCCUAAUUACAGUACUUGCAGAUCCAUCCAGUGUGCUUCUUUUCUUUAGAAAUACUUGUGAGGCUUGGGUUACAUGAGAAUGUGGGUGGUUGCAAAUCUUCAUAUUGGUUUUGACAGGGAUUAAUUGAGGCAUCUGCCAUGGAUACAUUUUUAACAAUGGAUAUGCGCACUGUGCGCAACCAAUGAUUUUUAUGUUGACUGAUAAAUUUUGUAAAUUUGUGUUGGGCUUUUAUUCAAUAAAAUAUUGGAUGGAUUUACA